CGCGGAACUUGUGUCCGAUCUGGGUAACAGCAGGUCAAAACUAGCUUUACAGAGCUGGAGAAAACUGGAAGUUUAUUCACUGGCUGGUGUUAAAUUCAGCGACUGGGGCCUAAAAACACCCGAAAGACAUUGUUGAUAAGGUUGAGCCCCUGAUCCUGAAGGUUGGCUGAUGGUGUAUAAACUCAUUCAGGAUGAACUGUGAGCUUUUGGCAACAUGCAGUGCUCUGGGUUAUCUAGAGGGAGACAGUUAUCACAAGGAGACUGACUGUUUGGAGAGCGUAAAAGACCUGAUCAGGUAUCUACGUCAUGAAGAUGACACCCGUGAUGUUCGACAGCAGCUUGGUGACAGCCAGAUUGUCCAAAAUGACCUCCUACCAAUUAUCGUUCAGUACAGACAAGACAAAGCCUUGUUUGAUGCCUGCAUCAGGCUCAUGGUUAACCUCACCCAGCCUGCUGUGCUGUGUUUUGGUAAAAUCCCAGAUGACCCGGUGUUUAGGCAUCACUUUAUGCAAGUGACAUCUCAUUUACAGGCCUAUAAAGAGGCUUUUGCCAGUGAGAAGGUGUUUGGGAUUUUAAGUGAGACAUUGUACAACCUUCUUCAACUUGACUGGGAGCAGAGACAGGAAGAGGAUAACCUACUGAUCGAGAGGAUUUUGCUGCUGGUCAGAAACAUGCUUCAUGUACCUGCAAAUCCCUGUGAAGAGAAGAAGGUGGACGAUGAUGCCAGCAUACAUGACAGGGUUUUGUGGGCCAUUCACAUGAGCGGUUUUGAUGACCUGGUCAAGUUUCUCGCAUCUGCUCAGAGUGAGCAGCAGUGGAGUAUGCACAUGUUGGAAAUAAUCUCCCUCAUGUUCAGAGACCAGACACCUGAAGCGUUGGUGAGCGCCGGUCAUGCUCGAUCGGCUGUGGAGAAGCAGAGAGACUCUCAGGAACUGGAGGCUCUGAGACAGAAGGAGCAUGCAGAGAAACGCUCUCGCACGUUACAGAGAGGAACGAGACACUCUCACUUCGGGGGAUCAUUUGUGGUUCAAGGCCUGAGAGCAAUCGGGGAGAAGGACGUGAUCUAUCACCGAAAUCUUAACAACUUCAAAAAUUACACUCACGAUCAGGGAAAAGCAGUGAGACGUGUUCCUAAGAGAAAUCGACAGGCCCACGAUUUGAAGGAAAAACGACGCUCGGCCUUAAACGUUCGGCUCUUCCUGCGAGAGUUCUGCGUUGACUUCUUGGAGAACUGCUACAAUCGACUCAUGUACCUCGUUAAGGAAAGUCUAAUCCGCGAGCAGACUCAACAACACGACGAGACCUAUUACCUCUGGGCGCUCAGCUUCUUCAUGGCCUUCAACCGUGGCAAUGGUUUCCGUGCUGACUUGGUCUCAGAGACCAUGUCUAUUCGUACGUUUUACUUUAUUGAACGCAACGUUACCAAUUACUAUGAAAUGUUGCUAACAGACCGCAAAGAGGCCACAUCCUGGUCCCGCAGGAUGCAUUUAGCACUAAAGGCAUAUCAGGAACUUCUGCUAACUGUGAACGAGAUGGACCGGUCUCCUGAUGAAGGCAUUCGCCAGAGCUCUAAUGUCAUUAAAAGUAACAUCUUCUACCUGAUGGAGUACAGGGAGAUUUUCCUGACCUUGCUGAGAAAAUAUGACGAAACCAAGCAGCCACAGUCCUACCUCAGAGACCUGGUGGAAUCAACACAUCUCUUCCUACGCAUGCUGGAGCGCUUCUGCAAAGGUCGGAAAAACCUAAUCGUUCAGAAGAAGAAAGUGAGGCGGAAGAAGUCUCAAGGUAAAGAGAAGCAGUCUGCUCAAGAAUCAAGUCCAGAAGUGCUGGCGGAGACUUGGAAGAUUGUUGAGGAAGAGCUGAGGGCAACUGGGUUUCAGCUGUCAGCAUCGUUGACUGAAAGCAUUGUGCCUUUUGAUGCCGCAUCAGAAACGCCUCCUGAGGAACAGCGAACUGAGGCCAUGAUACGAGUGCAGGAUGCUCUGCUGGCUCGACUGGGACCUGAAGCUCUGGCGCUGCUGCGGGCCGCCAGGGAAGUAUGGCCAGAUGGUGAUGUGUUUGGUUCAUCUGAUGUUGAACCUGAAGAAGAGCUGGAUCUUCUCAAGCAGAUCUUCCAUGCCAACCUGCCAAGGCCAUCUCCUGAAACUGUGACUGAAGACGAUGAUGAUGGAGCAGAGUUAGAUGAGGAAGAGUUGGAAUUGGUCCAGCUUUCUGAAAAAGAGUUCAACUUUCUAGACUUUAUCAAGAGGUUUGCCAACCCCAGCAUUGUGCGUCCGUAUCUUCUCCUUUUGAAAUCCUACACGAAAAACACGCCUCACACAAACCACUGCAUAGUUCGGAUGCUGCACCGCCUGGCUGUUGACCUCAAAAUGGAUGCUUUGCUUUUCCAGAUGUCAGUCUUUCACCUUUUCAACAAAAUCCUGAAUGAUCCCGCUGCAGCUGCUUACAAGGAACUAGUGACCUUUGCCAAGUAUGUGCUGAGCCGCUUCUUUGGAGUGGCAGCUCAGAACAACAAGGCAUAUGUUGAACUGCUCUUCUGGAAAAAUGUGGGUGCUGUGCGUGAGAUGACUGAAGGCUACACCAAAGAUGGAGAGGGAAAGAAGCCAUCAUGGACUGAAGAGGAGGAAGAGGAGCUGCGUAGGCUCUACAUGGAGCACCUUGACUCUGAAGUGCCAGAUAUAGUGGAGACCGUCAUUCAGUUACUAAGCAACAGCAGCCGCACGCGCCGGCAGGUGGUGACACAGCUGGUGCACAUGGGUCUCGUGGACAAUGCUAAAGAGCUGAAGAAACCAAAGAAGGGUACUCAGAUCGUUUUGUGGACCGAGGAGCAGGAGCUAGAGCUGGAGAUGCUCUUUGAGGAGUACAAAGACUCUGAUGAUGUGCUGGGUAACAUCAUGAAGAAGCUCACAGCUAAGCGGUCUAGAGCACGUAUUGUGGACAAGCUGCUGAGCAUGGGCUUGGUGUCCGAGAGGCGCGAACUUUACAAGAAAAGAAGCCGCGGCGCUCACAAACAGAGCCCCAGAAAGGGCAUGACUGAGGAAGAGUUCUUGGCUGAACUAACACAAGGUCCACCAGAUGAUUCUUUAGAUCAAGGCGAUGAAGAUGAAAGGGAUGAGGAGUCUGAGGAUAGUGAGGAAGAUGGAAAUAAAAGAGAAAUACCACAACCUGUUAGGAAGAGGACUCAAGACUUUAACCUGACAGCAGAGCACAGAGCAGACAUCAGCAACUUGGUAAAUGCUCUGCAACAAGAAGGCUUGUCUGGACCGUUGCUGUGGCUGCAGAUUUGUUUAAACCAAACAGCAAUCCAUCGAGAGGAAGAUGAUCUGUUCCAGCCUGUUCCACUUGUCCCUUUUGCGGAGGCAAAUGAAGACGCCAUGGAUAACAAGAACUUCCUGAAGCUGUUGCGCAAACUGGGAAUCAGACCACCUGAAAAUGAACAAGAAACCUUCUGGAGGAUUCCAGAAAACAUCAGUUCAUCUCAGCUUCAGAGUGCGGCUGCAGCAUUAACUCCUGGAGAAGAUGGGCCUGAAAACUAUGAGGAGCAGCAAGGGCCCAGCAACUCAACAGAAGAGCCACGGGAGCAGGCAGAGGAGGAGGAAGAGCACGAUGAAGAGGUCUUGAGUGAACAGAGGGCUCAGGCUCUGAGAGCUCUGCUACUUGCACGCAAUAGAAAGUGCCACACUGCAGUGGAUGCAGACCCGAUGUCAGGUGCCACUCCUGGUGAUAAAACAAACGGUGUAAUUGAAAGGCCCCAGGAGAAGAUAUCAACUAAAAGAAGCAGAAGCAGGGUGUUGGAUGAUGAUAAUGAUGAAGAGGAGAAAGAGAACGAUUCCACCAUUACCAUGGAUGUUGACACGAGUAAAGAUGCAGAUUCCGACACGGAAGAUUUUUCCGCUCGCGUGAAGCAGAGGAGGAAAAUGGUCCUGAUUGAUGAUGAAGAAGACGAAGAUUAGUAAAAGUCUUAAAUGGACUACUUACAAGAAGGCCCCUGGGGUUACUUUAGAGGGGGAUUUAGUCCUCUGGAGGUCCAAACAGCAGACUGGAUUAUUGGAAUGCCAAACAAAUCAAAAACACAUUUAUAAUGUAAAUAUAUAUAAAUCCUGUGAAGCAAUAUGUUCAUGUUAAACCUUUAGUAGAUUAUUUGUUUCUGUAUUUGGCUUUUUAUUGUUAGGUUUCCCAUGCUCCAGCAUUGUACGUUCUUAGUUAGGUAUUGUUUGUAUAAGAAACAUUUCUCACCAGGUUUUUUCAUAAGUAAAAUGGCUUGUUCUCAGAUGUACAAUUUUAUGUGUCAGUAAAACUGUUAAAUAAAACUUCUGUCAAAAUAAAAAGGUGAUAAAGCUG